UGCUACAAAACCACACUAAGCAACACCGAACAUCUUCUUCUCCUUCUACUCUCAAAUUAUAUAUACUUUCAUUCCUUUUCUUAGUACCUAUCCGUUCAUUAAUCAUGGCCGUUUUCAGCUUCGAGGAUGAAACCACUUAUCCUGUGGCUCCUGCCACCCUUUACAAAGCUCUUGUGAAAGACGCCGACAACAUCGUCCCAAAGGCGGUUGAUUCCUUCAAGAGUGUUGAAAUCGUGGAGGGCAACGGUGGCCCCGGAACUAUCAAGAAGAUCUCUUUCCUUGAGGAUGGAGAGACAAAGUUUGUGUUGCACAAAAUAGAAGCAAUAGAUGAGGCAAACUUGGGAUACAGCUACAGCAUUGUUGGAGGUGCUGCCUUGCCAGACACUGCAGAGAAGAUCGCAAUCGACACCAAACUCAGUGAUGGCCCCAACGGAGGCUCAGUGGUAAAGCUGAGCAUAAAAUACCACAGCAAAGGAGAUGCUCCACCCAACGAAGAUGAGCUCAAAGCUGGUAAAGCCAAGAGUAAUGCUCUCUUCAAGGUCAUCGAGGCUUACCUUUUGGCCAAUCCUUAAUCAAAACUUGAGUCAUUAAUGCCAUCUUUUGCUUAUAUAUUAUAUACAAGAGUACUUAAGUUGAUUUCCAAUGUAAUGGUGUUUAUUUUCUUUUCGCUAUUUGUAAGAGUUGUGAGACUUGAUAUCUUUUAACUCACUUCAUCAAUAAGUUAUAAUAAAAAUCAUCACUUCAAAUUUCCUUA